UGUAACGCCACACCCGAACCGUACCAGAGCCACAAGAAGGUUCCUGCUGAUGCAUAACCACAUUAAAGGACAAGGAAUACAUCACGGAUAACGCUGUCUCUUGUGGAUUCAUCUUUAGCAGCUUCAUGUUUAGGACUUUUGCCUGAUGUUAUUGGAUGUUCAACAUGAGAUGGUUCAGCUCCAGCGCGGGACGGAAGGCCGCCGGGUUCCUCCUCAGCAGGAGCUCUGUCUGGUCUCAUCACUGACCUAACUGGAACCACAGUGGCCCAGCUGAGCUCAGGAUGCUCCGUCUCAGGCUUUCACCCCACAGUCUGACUUUCUAAGACACAGAAAGGAGGUUCCAGAAGCAGCAAAGAUGUCCGACCUCACUCAAGUGGCAGUUUACUCAGACACCUCAGAUGUUUACAAGAAUGUUUUCUGCAACCCUGCGUUUGAACUGGAAGGUGAAAAGGAGGAGAGAGUGGAGGGCUUUCGGACCACGUCGUCCACCCCGGAGCCAACCAAGCCUCCAGCAGCAGGACUGGUCUGGGGUCUGUUCGGAGUGUGCACCAUGCGCCUGAGGAGUCCAGGUUGUGGGUGGGGGAUGGUGGUGGUCUCCGCAGCAGCUCUGGUUCUGAUAUCAGCUCUGGUUUUGGCACUGGCCCUCAUCCUCACGCGACAAGCAGUUGAAGAACCGCUACCAAUGACUCCCACUCCGGUCCUGCCGAUCUCAGCAGAUGGCCCGUCCCAAACGCUGCCCACCUUCCUCGCCAACCAGAGUCGGCAGGACAGCACCGCCUCAGCCCGUCCUGCAACCGUCCCCUAUGAAAUAGUUUGUGGAGGAGUUUUGACCGACACGGAGGGAAUUUUCAGCUCGCCCAACCAUCCUGGCUCCUACCCUCCUAACUCUCACUGUGUGUGGGCGAUCAAGGUGCAGCCGCCGCUCAUGGUCCAGAUCCACAUCUCCACUUUGAACAUAGAGGGUCCAUUUCCUUGUCUAUUCGACUGGCUGGAGGUUCAAGAGAGCAUGGAGCAGGACACUCUGGUCACCAGGUUUUGUGGUAACGUGGCUCCCCCAACAAUGAACACCAACAGCAGCUCAGUGUGGGUGACCUUCCGCUCUGAUUUCAGCGUGGCAGGGAAGGGCUUCACAGCCCAGUACAGAGCAGUGCAGCCUGGACACAGCAGCUGCUCCAGAGAGGAGUUCAUGUGCGACGGCGGCCGCUGUCUGCUGCCCGUGUCUGUGUGUGAUGGUCAGCCAAACUGCCGGGACCAAACGGAUGAGGACAACUGCAGCCACAAACACAAAGAGUGUGGCGGGCAGAAGACUGGGCCCACUGGUUUCUUGGCCAGUCCCAACCAUCCGGGACCUUAUCCCCACCAGCAGUUGUGUGUCUGGUACAUCUCUGUGGAGGAGGGUCAUGUCAUCACGCUCAGCUUCCGGAACUUCAGCUUGGAGUCUCAGGAUGUGUGUGAGUUUGACUACGUGGAGGUGCACGAUGGUGUUAGCGCCGGGGCAGGAAGGGUUUUAGGCCGGUUUUGCAGCACGAACUUCCCGCCUGACUUGACCUCAUCUGGCCCACACAUGACGGUGGUGUUCGUGGCCGACGAGGGAGUCGCCGACAGCGGCUUCAACGCAACGUACCAGGCCGUGUCGCUGCUCGACAGAACGUGUGGUCCAAACCAGUUCUCCUGCUCUACAGGGGAGUGUCUUCACCCACAGUGGUUAUGUGACGGGUGGAACGAUUGUUCGGACGGAGCUGAUGAACAAGGCUGCGGCAACUCCACCUACCCCCCAUAUACUUCCUCGUGUGAGGUGAUCGAGGUGGAGAUGUGUCAGGGUCUCAGCUACAACCUCACCUCCUUCCCCAACAUCUGGCUGUCCAUUUCAGACCAAAGAGAAGCGUCCUUGCUCCUCAGACAGUACCGGGUAAGACUUACUGCUUCACAUUGCCCAGCAGAAAACUCCCUCUGCUGGUCUCAUCCCAGGUUCUCAUGGAGCUGGCCUGCUUCGAGCCCCUGCGCCGGUUGGUGUGUGGCCUGUUCCUUCCCCAGUGCAGCCACCAGGGCGGCGUCCUGCAGCCGUGCCGGUCGGUGUGCUCCUCCGCUGAGCAGCAGUGCAGCCACUCUCUGGACCUCUUCUCCUUCAGCUGGCCCUUUAACUGCCACCUCCUGCCAGACUCGCAGGACCCCAUGGAGUGUUCGCAACCUUAAGGAUCCAGGAAAGCAACAACACUGACCACUAGUGGGGGCUAACAGCAACAGUUUCCAGGGCAGAACACUUAAUGCCAAGUCCAGUAUAGCAUCAAUGAAAAGAUGAUCCUUAAACCAGACUUCCAAAUCUCAGGUGUCCAUUUACAUCCGUAAAACUCAAACACAUAAUCUUUGAAUGUAAUUGUUUUCUUGAAAUAAAUGCAGCAAUGUUUUUUUCAGGAAAUGCAUACCUCCAUGUCAUGUUAUUAUUUGCUAACCAUUACUAUUGCGAAAUACGUUCCAGCCGCAGAGGCGACAUAACUUUGUCCAACCCCUGUAUGACUGAAAAAGGAAAAUAAAAAUUGAUAUA